GGCGAAACGUCCACCAGCCGGGGGCACCUAUCGGAGCUGCUGACAGAACUGUCCACCGGACCCGUCGGACCUCUGGUGGCGACCUCUGCCGACCUCGUCCGGGGUCACGUGACCGCCUGGCUCCACCAAUCACCGAGCGAGGCGCAGAUAAAACCAAUCAUCGUCACUGGCGCCCCGGGCUAUGGUAAGACGUGGGUUCUGGGCCGCGUGGCUCAGCAGCUCUCUCCCUCGCCGGUGGUGGUGUACCGAUUCAGACCCAACGACGGCCUUCUGCAGCGACGUCAGCUAGUCCAGUCACUCGUGAAGGACGUCAAAGGCAGGCUGAGAAGCACAGCCGUCACGCACGGGGUGGCCGCUGGGACCUCUCCGAAGACGGCGGCAGCGGCUGCAGCGGCGGUGGCGGCGGCUACGGCUGCUGCAGGCGGCUGCAGUGCGGAUGCGGUCCUGGAAGCUGAAGCGGGAAGGAGAGACAGCAGGCUGGUGGUGCUGCUGGACGAUGUGGAUGUCCUCCUGUCCCCCGGCGGUCAGGACUCGGAGAUGGACAUGUUUGAACUGGAUGGUGGUGAUCAGAAGGUGGACCUAGUGGGUGAUGAUUGGAUGGCUGAACUGUCUCACCCAGGUGUGCUACUGAUUGUGACAGCCACUGCACUCGAUCACCUAACAGGCGAUAGGUGGCGAGAGGAGGGAGACGCAAACGUGAUCUCUCUUUCUCCUUGGUCAAAGGAGGAAGUCGAACUGGUUCUCGAUUCCACCUUGAAAGCGAAAGGUCGAACUCUCACACCUCAACAGCGAGAGGCCGUUCUAGCGCGGUGUUUAGCUAACCCCACCCCUCUAUUCGUGAGUCAAACAGUGAGCUCUGCUGUGCGGCUAUACUCGUGGGACGCGGCAGACUCUUUGCCACAAAGCCUCGAGGAAUUCUACGCGAAGGCGUUUGACUCUCUAGAGAGACGUUUUGGCACCGACGCGGUGGCUGCACUGUGUCGAUACGUCAGCAUUUCACAGCUCGGUCUGACGGAGACGGAGCUGUGUGACCUCUUGACGUCGUCCGAUAUUGCGAUGCCCGGAGCGACGUCCCCGCAACUGGCUGGACACUGGCAACCCAGGGACUGGAUCACGCUGAAAAACGCACUCAUGCCGAUCGCGUCUCGCCAGUGGCGUCAUCACCGGCUGUCGCUUGGAUGGCGUCAUCGGACCACCGCCGACAUUGUCCGCGUCCGAUACCUGACCGGUGCAGAGGUGCGACUCAACGUACACACGGAGCUCAGCAACCUCCACCUGCUCGGUUUCCUCGUGGCUUCGGAGGACAUGAGUGAGGAAGAUCACACAGGUCUUGAGGACUGCUCGUAUCACAAGGUCCUGCAGGCUCUUCGCCUGGCUGAUGGUCUCUGGUAUCAUCUCAUGUGUUCAGGUGACCUGGAGCGGUUGAAGCUGAUUCUCCUGUGCAACUUUCGCUACAUGUGGCAGUCGGCGCGGCUGCGCGGCGCCCGACACCUUCAGAGGGUGGUGUCCGCCACCCGGCACCGCUUCCUGGACUGGGAGACGGAGCUGGUCCACCACGCCCUGCAGAAAACCAUAGGCCUGAGCAGCGAUUGGCGCCAUCAGCUGGCGCCGCAGCUGCUGGUGUGGCUCCACCACUGUUCUGGCUCGGUCGGGUCCCCUCUGAGUCACCUGCUGGGCUCUGUGGUCGACUGGUGCGUGAGACAGACCAGGCCACUACUGGUGCCGGCCACUGUCUGGAUACGCACCAGUCUGCCCGACACAGUCUGGGAUCUGCCACUGCCAGAAGCUGUACAGCUGUACUCCCCGGCACCGGACGGGGUACACGUGUACGUGGCCUGUGGCGGUCGCUGCUUUCACCUCUGGCGACUGCUGACUUCAAAACUGGUACACACGUACAGAGGUCACACGGGUGACGUGACCUGCGUAUACCCGUCCCCGGACGGACGAUACGUGGUCUCUGGUGCCGAGGACUGUCUGGUGAUGGUGUGGAGCGCCACCAGUCACCAGCCGCUCAUCACCAUCGACCGCCACAUCGCCUGCGUGCUGUGCGUGGCCGUGACAUCACUGGCCCGACACGGUGACGUAGUGGUGAGCGGCGGAGAGGACAGCUGUCUGUACGUCACCCGGCUGCCGGGCGCCGAAGGUGGCAGCAGUGAGCCCCGCCAGCUGUCGCAGCACAGAGGACCGGUCACCUGUCUUCAGGUCAACGCCGAGGCAGAGGUCCUGGCCUCAGGUUCCCACGACAAGACAGUGAUCCUGUGGUCGCUGGAGUCUCUAACCGUGCUGAAUGAGAUCAUCAUGCCGUCGGCAGUCAGCCAUAUGUCUGUCUCUGGAGGAGCGACGUUUCUGCUCACCGCCUGUCUGGACAUGACGGUCUAUGUGCACAGCUUUACCACUGGGAGCCCGUUACAUACGCUGAAAAACCACCAGAGUCAGGUGACCUCGGUGACGUCUUCGGAGGACGGUAACCUGUGCGUGGUCGGCUGCCGCGACUCCAAGGUGUACGUGUACGACAUACCGUCCUCCAAGCUGCUGAAGACGCUCACCAAACACGGCAGUCCGGUACUGGCUGCUCUGUUCACAUCGCACGGCAGGCUGCUCAUCACGGCAGGCGACCGCCGGGUACUGGUAACCCACGUCCAGCCGCUGACCGUGAAGCCGAGGGUGUACCUGUCCGACCGGAAAAAGAUACCCGUGGAACAUACCGCCGACGUCACCUGUCUGGAUAUAUCGGCCGACCAGAGCAUGGUCGUCACGGGCUCCAGCGACUCGCACCUCAAGGUGUGGCUGGUGCCCUCUGGUGACCUGCACGCUACCCUAGAGGGUCACACAGGAGCCGUGACCUGUGUCCAGUUCGCCCCGAACGGACUUUAUGCAGUCAGCGGCUCACGAGAUAGCUCCAUACGAGUCUGGGGACUGACUCUGAACAUGGUGGUAUCCGCGUUCACGGACCACCAGGCUCCGGUGGUGUGUCUCAGUGUCUUAUCGGACAGCAAACAGACACUGUCUGCGGACAGCGACGGCGUACUCAUGCUGUGGCAGGUGGAGACGGGUAUCGUCCUACUGACCUGUCACGGUCCGGGUCAUAUGAUCCGAGUCACUCCGGACCGCAGUCACGCCGUCUCCGGCAGCAGCGAGGGCAGCCAGCUCUAUGUGUGGACGCUGAGCAAGGAGCACACCAAAUACACCAUUAGCCACAAUGACGCCAUACGCUGUUUUGACGUCAGCAGUGACAGUCUGCACGUCAUCACGGGCUCCAAUGACGCCUCGCUGAAGGUGUGGACCAUCGCAGAGGGACGGCUCACCCAGGUUCUGGUGGGCCACGAGGCAGCGGUGACCUGCGUUGCCUACCCUGCCUAUGUUAGUCACACGGCUGCGUCAGGCGGAGACGACUGCCUAGUCAUGGCCUGGGACGUAGGCACAGGUCAGACCCGUCAGGUGAUUCGGGACCACACGGCACCAGUGACAGCGGUCAGCAUGACGGCGGACGCCGGAAUGAUCAUAUCAGGUUCAGUGACGGGCUGGGUGUACGUCCACAAGACGAUCUCUGGUCACUGCGUGACGUCCAUCGCUCUGCACAAGGCGGUGGCGGGCCUCUGUAUCUCCGCAGACGCCGGCAAAAUUGUCGCAAGGUUACAGAACAGCAUGUACUUUGCCCUGCUGAGUUUCCUCAACGUACCGCCGCUGGCUCCGCGGGCCCGGCCAAGAGCCGUGGUUCAGCCAAUCACAGAGGGCCGACGGGGCGCCGAGGCCGCCGCUUCCCCGGCCGCCAGCCGCCGGCCGCCGCCGCACCGGCGCGCACUCAAAAAGGGCAUCUCCCUGGACACUUACACCUGGCAGAGAAAGUACGGCGGACUGCUCAGCAAAAUGGCGCCACUGUCUCCGGUGAAUGGGGAGAAACCCAGGAGGAAAAUUGGGGAGGAGGAGAUACGAAUGUGUCCCGAAGGAGGCACCAUUCACCCCAGUCAGAUGCCCGCCGGUGUGUCCCGUCGGACCGACUCCCGUGAGCAGCUGGCGGCGCCCCCAGCACCGGAGAACGGCUCGUCCCGCGUGGCGCCGCCGCCGCCGCCCGUAUCAACGCCCAAAAAGCGGGAGCUGAACCGCACCAGUACCGCUCUGGUUCUCACAAUGCCCCGUCGCGCCGAGGAGCCGGCCGGCGGCGCGGGGCCCUCCUCGGCCGUGCCCGAGUCUCUACUGCGACUGCGGAGAUCCACCGCAGGCUGUGGGCCCACAGCUGACGCCCUCCGUGACCUGAUGCAGCUUCUGCAGAGGCCCGGAGGCCAGCAGGGCAGCACGUCCAAGUUCUGCAGCAUCCUGUGACAGCGACUGGAGCAGCGAGGAGUGGCGGAGGAGGAGCUGAGGGAAGCGGAGGAGAUUGAAGAGGAGUAGCAAUAGUGGAUGGGUGUGGGGAGUUGUGGUGAGCCGUGAGGUAGCGCGGGACUAGUGCCUGAAUCCCACGCCGGCUAAUGGGGCAGAGAGAGGUGUGUUUUGGUGGGUUGGGUGUUGCGAUUUCUGCGGAAAGGGAACUAAUAACACUGGAGAAUUUGCGUGUCGGUAUUUGAGGAAGAACACUCUGUUCUUUUCACAGCUAUAGUUUGACAGUCGCCGCUGCUGUCAAAGUUUGGAAUUGAUUCUAGUCAAAUGAUACACAUAACUUACGAUGAAAAAUCUUACGUGAGCCAUAUUGAUGAAAACACAAAACUAGCUCGUCAACUAUGUCUGCGUGAUGCGUCGUUACUUUUAUUUGAACUUAGUUGCUCCUUGACUGCGUAUGCCAUCGUUUUAUUGUGACAUGUUUUACAAAGCUAAGUAGCUCUCUUACGUCGUGCAAUAAUAUCAAUGUGUAAUGUUGUAAUUGAUAUUAGCAGUCAUUUUCGGAGCUGCUUUGUGCUAUGAGUUUUUUAUCAUUUCUUACUUCCUUUUAGUUUUGAGUAUGUUUUCUCUUUUUAGUUCUUCUUUACGUGUAAACAGUUCAUUUAAACACGUAACCGAAUGCUAGUUAGUUUACGUGCGCCGGAAACAAAACAACGGUUACAAUUUUGCCGUCACCACACGUAUGCCAAAGCUGAUAAUGAGGGGAUCCUAUACUCUACAGAGCUAGUGUCACUGAACCUAGUUACGAUUCAAAUGCGACUGUUAUUGACCCUGGACACUGCGCUGCAGCCCUCCCUGCCUUUCAGUGGUGUGUUCCUCAUUCUAGGUAUAUGUCUGUAGAGUGGAUGGAUCUCAUUGUUGCCUAAUGUUACCAUCAGCCAAGGAUUGUGUCAGUUAGCAUCACUAUAAAAUACCGCUAGAUUAUGUGUUACCUGUGUAACAUGUCACCAAUCGGUGGUGCUACCGAUUUCACACUCGUAUGGGUGUAGACUGUAGAUGUUUCCAAUUUAAUGUCACCACUGGUGUUACGAGCUGGCUUUUGGCGCGUGCUUGAUUCCUUUCAGCGAGCACUACAAUAAAAGCUCGGCACCGCGUAGUGCAAGAAGAGGAUGGAAGAUGUGUGUACUGUCGACUUAAGAGUGUCGAACCUUCUGUGAUAUGCUCCCUGUAGCUUUACAUAUAUUGGUGUGAAGGGU